AUUAUUCGCACGUGGCUGUCAGUUUCAGUCAAAGCUGUAAACAAACUGACGAAAUACAUUAACUCUGUGUGUUUGAUUUAUAUAAGUCAUUUUAAUUUGCUAUUCACAAUUUUGAAUGUAAUAGAGUAAUGUUGUUAUAGCGAAACUGAAAUGGAGGAGAAAUCUGUUGAAAGACAUCCCUGGUCUUACUUAAAUACAGUAACUGAGUUUGAUAGAGGAGAAAAUCAAUGGACAACAAAAUGCUUGGAUAAUACAACAAAAUUGAAAUCUCAAGGCUAUGUCGUGGACAAAAUUUCCUCAGCUACAAGUUUACUUAUAGAGUCAUUAUUACAGCAAUUAUGUACAAUGCUAGAAAAAUGUCCAUCACGUAGAAAAAAAUUAUACUUCGCAAUUUGUAAUAAGCUGCACGAAAUGAAACUGAUUGACAACUCUUAUCAUGUUUCUGAUUUUGAAAUGAUUAGAAAUCAUUAUCAACAGGCAUUAUAUCAUUUAGUUUCUGCAGCUCGAGUAUCAAUACGUAAAGAACCUAUUUUAGAUAUUUCUAGUUCUUAUAUAAAUGACUGGAGUCGAUAUCAUCAAGAAUUUCAAGAAAUUUGUUUUAUUAGUUCUGGUGGAUUUGGAAAUGUUUUCAGAGCUCUUAAUCGGCUUGAUGGAAUUGAAUAUGCAAUUAAGAAAAUUGUUGUUAAAUCACAUAGAGUUAAAUCUGUCAUGCAAUAUUUGGCAGAAGUAAAAACACUCGCAAGACUGAAUCAUACAAACAUAGUUCCUUAUAAAGCUGCGUGGAUUGAGCCUAGUCUAGAGUCAACUUCAAUUAAAUGUUUAUCUCAAACGACUCGUGAUAGAGAAAACCAUAGUUCUACUGUAGAACUUUCCAGUUCUGAAAGUAAAUUAUAUCCAAGUCAAGAUGGUAGAAGAAAAAAAUUAAAAUCUAGUUCACUUAAUAAGAAGGUAAUUAGUGACCAAUCAGUCAUAAAAGAAGUACAUUCUAAUAGUGUUUCAUUUAGAAAUGAAGUUGAAGAAUUAUAUUCGAAACAUAGUAAUUUGAAACAAGAUGAUGUAGAAGGUUUUUGCAAUACAGAUGAGAGUGAUUCACCUGACGAAUUAAAUAAACAAAAUCAAAUAUGCCAAUAUAACAAUCAGAGUCGACAGUGUUCUAUAAUUUACAUUCAAAUGGCAUUGUGUGAAAAAACAUUAAGGGAAUGGAUGGAUGAAAGAGUUACUUUAACACCCCAGCCAGUAAUUACAGAAAUAGUUAAACAAAUUUUGAAUGGUUUAGAAUAUAUUCAUAAUCUUAAUAUAGUUCAUCAUGAUAUUAAGCCGAGCAAUAUCUUCAUUUCUUCUUCUGGAAAACUUCAUGUACAACUUGGUGAUUUUGGUUUAGCAUGCCCUUUACAAAGUGAAAGUAAUCACUCUGAGUUGGGAACACCAAUGUACGCUGCUCCUGAACAGUUAAAAGGAGAGUGCAAUCCAAAGAGCGAUAUGUACAGUUUAGGAAUUGUUUUGAUUGAGUUGUUAAUUCCAAUGCAAACAUUUAUGGAAUUUAGUCGCAUGGUUGACUCUGUGAAAUCAGGAAAUAUACCAAUUGAACUCACAACGACGUAUCCAAAGUGGGCACUGAUUAUGAGUCGACUUCUUCAAAAAGAUUUAACAAGACGUCCUUCUACCAGGGAACUACUCGAUGAAUUAAAAACAGAUCAGGAAUCAAUUAUCUCUGAAUUGAAACAUGAAAAUACGGAAAAAGGUGUUCUUAUUAAUGAAUUACAGGAUAAAGUAUGUGCUCUAGAAAACGAAAUCAGUAGACUCAAAUUAUUAUUAAAUACGUCUAAGAUUGACUUUGAACCCAUAUAGGACCGAACAAAUUGUUUGUAUUAUGUAACUACAUUUUUAACAUCGACAAGUAGUUUACUUUCAAAUUUUUAAAGAAACAAAAUUAAUAAACAAUUACAAUAAUUAUGCCACUUACAUUUGUAAGUGCGUCUCGAAUUUUAGUGUUCGACUAGUCGAACAGCUGUCCGAUAUGGGUUAAGACAAUUGCAACAAUAUUUUUUUUCUUAUAUUAUUGUUUUUAUUAUAAAAAUUUAUAGAUUAUUAAAUUACUAUAAUAUAUUAACGAAUAAAAUAUUUAUUUGCUUAUUCUAAAUACAAAAUGGAAAAACAAUACAUUGCUCAUAAUUUAAAAAUUUGUACAUAUUUAAAAAAAAAAUUUUGUUUCUGUUUUUGAUAAUGUAAUUAACAUAUAGAUAGGAUUUAUUUGUUAAAACUUUUAUCCAUUUGUAUUAAUAAAAUUAUAAUUUUGUAAAAA